AAGCAUAUUGUCUUCAUCAGGUCGAUCUCUGACUCGACCGCAAGAAAAAUCAUGUUCAGGAAGAAGCACAAUUCUCAUGAUAACCAGGAACACGAUGCUAAGGAUCAAGAACAAAAGAUCAAAGAGCUGAGAGCUGCGAUUGGCCCUUUAUCCGGAAGUAGCUUAACAUUCUGCACCGAUGCAUGCCUGAGAAGAUACCUGGAAGCUCGCAACUGGAACGUGGACAAGUCAAAGAAAAUGUUGGAAGAAACACUCAAGUGGAGAACGACUUACAAGCCAGAGGAGAUUCUUUGGCAUGAAGUCGCCACUGAAAGCGAAACAGGGAAAUUGUAUAGAGCAAAUUUUCAUGAUCGCGAGGGAAGGACAGUUAUAGUGAUGAGACCAGCAAAACAGAACACAUCCUCACAUGACAACCAACUCAGGCAUCUGGUGUAUGUCCUAGAGAAUGCUCUCCUCAGUUUACCGGAGGAUCAAGAGCAAAUGGUGUGUCUGAUAGACUUCACCGGGUGGUCAUUGAGCAACUCGCCGAUUAAGACUGCUCGAGAGACUGCAAACAUUUUGCAGUGUCACUACCCCGAGAGGCUUGCUGUUGGAUUUCUCUACAACCCUCCAAGAAUCUUUGAGACCUUUUGGAAGGUGGUGAAAUAUUUCCUGGAUUCCAAAACCUUUCUGAAGGCGAAGUUCAUUUACCCCAAGAACAAAGAGAGCAUGGAGCUCCUGCGCAAGCACUUCGACCUUGACGUGUUACCUGUGGAAUUUGGCGGGAGGAACCAAGUGCAGUAUAACCAUGAGGAGUUCUCCAAAAUGAUGAUAGCAGAGGAUACUGUAAAAGCCAGCUUACGGAGUUCGGAGGAGAAAACGCCACAGCCCGGCCUUGCUGUGCAAGCAAGCUAACAACUUAUUACUCCAGUAGUCUUAAGUGCUGCAUGCCUUCAGAAGAUUGUGUGCUUUUGAGUUAUAUCUCAACUUGUUAAACUUUUGACAAGAAGUCCAAAUAAUGCAGAGAUGCAAUGCAUAAUAUGCCCUAA